AUGGCGCAGGAAGGGGAAACAGCAACGUCCACGGGCGAGGCCACAGUGAACCCACCACCUCCCCCGGUAUCAGAGAAAGUCGCCAAAUCAUCGCCUCCAAUUCUCUGCCUGGGCAUGGCUCGCACGGGCACCGCAUCUCUAGCCCAGUCGCUGCGCAUCCUGGGCGUUCCCAACGUGCACCACGGUUUAGAGAUUAUCGGCCCCGAAUUUCAGAAGCAUUGGAAGGUAUUAGACCGUGCUGCCGACGCAAGCUUUCCCGUAUUGCCGACAUAUACGGGCAAGCCCUUCACAAGCUCCGAAUGGGAUGAAGCCUUUGGAGGAUACGGGGCCGUUACUGAUAUCGCGUCCUUCUACGCCAUGUCGCUGAUUCGCGCGUACCCUGAUGCCCAGGUCAUCCUCGUCGAACGCGACAUUCAAUCUUGGCUCAAAAGCACGGAACAGGUAUUCAGACCGUGGAAGAGCCGGUCUCACGUCCGAAUGAUUCACUGGGUUGGGUCUUAUAUCGGAAGCAUCGAGGGAAAAGUGAGCCUGAAGUUCCAGCUUGGAUGGACGCAAUCGAAACACCCAAAGGAUAUUUCUAAGAAUGCCCGUGCCGCCUAUGAAAGACACUACAAGGAAAUCCGCGCGACUGUGCCGCAAGAACAACUGCUCGAAUUUCAGCUCAAGGACGGAUGGGAACCUCUAUGUCGAUUUUUGGGCAAGGAUAUACCAGACGUGCCGUUCCCGCGCGUCAACGAGGCGGAGGCGUAUGCUAAGCACAUCAAAAAGACGAGGAAUGAUGCAUUGAAGAGGCUGGCGAAGAAAGUGUUCCUGCCAUGA